AUGGGCAAGGCGGGUGGCUUCUUUAAGCGGUUGAAGGCGAAGCAGAAGCGCAGUGUCUCGCGCCGCCGUCGCGGCACGAAAGGUGCCUCAAAGGAGGAGCGGCGUGCCAAGCACAACGAGCGUGUAGACUACUACGCCGCCAAGCGGGAGGCGGAGGCGCUCGCUGCCAUUAGCAGCAGCGAGGGGGACAACGACGACAAUAACGACGCGGUCUCUACCGACUCGGAGACGGAGGCGUGCCGGCAGGAACAGUCGCUGCUGCGACUACGGCGCCUGAUUGGCGCUGCUGCGGUCAACAGCGGCACGAAACGCCGCCGCGGAGACAAUGGCGCCGGCGGCGGGUCGAACGGCGACGCCCAAGCAGGGGGCGACAGGGACGCCACGGCUGUGGUGGAGCAACUGAGCGAGGGGGAGGAUUGGAGAGCGUACCUGUCGGAAGAAGAAGAGGAAGAAGAAGAAGAGGAAGAGGAAGAGGAGGACGUGCCGCUAGAUGAAAUGUCUGACGAUGAUGAUGAGGGUGGGGACUACGAGGAGGUGGAGGAGGGAGAAGAAGAGAAUGAGGACGACGAGGAAGAGGAGGAUGUCGGGAAGGAGGACGAGUACGAGGACGACGACAGCGUUGUGGCGGGAAGUGGCGCUGACGACGAUGCCGCGACGGCGGGGGAAAUGCAGUGGAAGCAGCGGAUGGAGGAGACGGUGCAACUCCUGCCGCAGUUCCGCCCCGGCACAACGGGCGCUGCGGCGCUGCGGCACGUUGUGGUGCCCAACGACCCGUGGUUUGUGAAGUAUCACCAGGACAAGCACGGCGGUAUUGACACGACGCCCAUGCAAUUCCAGGGGUCGCACUACUGCCGCCGCUCGCACCCGGGUGACGGCAAGAAGGGGGAGGAUGGUAAUGUUUCCGACAUCGCCGUGGCAGCCUCUGCCCAUGCUGUGCGCCACUUUCUGCACGCACCGUUUGUGCUUGGUAAGCAUUACCCGCAGCGGCCGCCGUACAUGCAUGAGAUGUUGUGGACAAAGUGGCAGGAGUACUGCACCGCGGAAUCCCGUGGUCCGAUGACGGUGGAGGAGCGUGGUCUGCUCGAUCUGCUGCAGGGGUACCCGGAUGUGAUGGAUUGCUGCCGCUCAUGGGAAAACGCGGACACCCGGCGUGAGAUCUACCUCCUCCAUGCCCUCAACCACUGGUUUAAGGCGCGAUCCGUCGUGCUAGCGCACGACGCCCUGCUGCAGGAGCGUCGGCGGAGGCACAAGCAAAGGCAGGGCCGGCGGAGGACGGACGGCAGCAAGAAGAGUAGCGAGGAGGCAGAGGAGCAGGAAGACGAGGAUGAGUAUGAGUUUCGCGACCGUGGCUUUGGCAAGACGCGGAUUAUUAUAAUGCUGCCCAUGCGCAACAUUGCCCACCGCUACAUGACGACGCUUGUGAAGCUGCUGCGAGCGUCGGCGGAGGAUUGCGCCAAGCUCUCCAUGUUCAACGAGGACUUCACCGAGCUGGCGGAGGCGGCGGAUCCCACCUUCAAGCGCCGUCCACGCGACUACCAGCGGCAGUUUGCCGGCAACAUUGACGACGCGUUUUGUGUCGGAGUUCGUCUGGAGCCGAGCCGGGUGCGGGUCUACGCUCACCCGCUGAACAGCGAUCUGAUCCUCUGCUCCCCGCUUGGCCUGCGGCGCCGGUUGGAGCGCAGCGGUGACGUGCUGGUGUCGCUUGCCUCCAUUGAAGUCUGCAUUAUGGACGAGGCCCACGUGCUGCUCAUGCAGAACUGGCAGCACGUGUCUGAAGUGCUGCGGCUGCUAAACAAGCGGCCGAAGGACACCACCCACGGCCUUUCUGACCUGCGGCGGGUCUACGCGUGGGCGCUCGCGGGGCACAGUGGUCGCCACCGCCAGACAAUUAUGUCCAGCGAUUUGACGAACGCGAGCCUCCUUGCGACAUUUCGCCUGGGCGUGAACAACUCCGGCCGGGUGCUGCUGCAGCACCGCGAGGAGGCGGGGGUGCUGUCGCAGGUGAUGGUGCCGGUGCGGCAGCACUUCCUGCGCUUUGACCCGGGCCCUGCGCCGGAGACAUGCGACGACGCCCGCUUCGACUUUUUCACCCGAGAGGUGUACGUGACGAAAAUCAGCCCCCUCGUCGAGCGGGACGUGCGCACGAUCGUCUUUGUGCCGUCCUACUUUGACUUUGUGCGGCUGCGCAACUACCUGAUUCGCGAGCACCGGGACUCCUUUGCCGCCAUCUGCGAGUACACCUCACUGCCGCAGCAGCGGAAGGCGCUGGGGCAGUUCACCGACCUCGAGCGGCCGCUGCUGCUUGUGACGGAGCGCUUUUACUUCUUCAAGCGCUACUUUGUGAAGCUGGCGGAGGUGAUGGUUUUCUACAGCCCGCCGCUUUUCCCGGCGUUUUACGCCUCAUUGGUUGGCCGUCUUGUUGUCACCUCGCCAAACGCCUUUGCGCUGACGCUCUUCUGCCGGUUUGACACGCACGAGCUUCAACGGCUUGUUGGCACGCGACGAAUGCGGCAGUUGCUCGAGCGUGAGGCGGACGCCUUCUCCUUUGUGACGAACUGA